AUGGCUUUUAACCUUAAGCUCUUUAUGUUCAUUGGUUUCUUGGCAUGCAGCAGCUUGGACUGCUACGAGGCCGAGGCACGACCAUUGGCCUCAAUCUCAACCCUUAUGGCUCGCUUAAAAUUGGAAGGAGAGUCACCAAAUUGCUGGGACUCUUUGGUGCAACUACAAGCAUGUUCUGGGGAGAUUAUUCUUUUCUUCCUUAAUGGUGAGACUCAACUUGGUCAUAGCUGUUGCCAAGCUUUGAGGACCAUUCGUGAACAUUGCUGGCCUAAUAUGAUUGAUACAUUGGGCUUUACCACUGAAGAGGGCCAAAUUCUUGAAGGCUACUGCGAGGAAGCUGCCGAUUCCACUACUCCAUCGCCAUCAGCACCAUCUGUAGUGCCUGUUAAGGUUGUUCCAAGCCAGACUUUGGUUCCCUGA